CUUUGGUUGCAGAAUCGAGAGGAAAGAAUCGACGAGGAGGAACGGUCUGUCGGCAGAACUAUUUAUUUCGCAAUCGAUCUCUCUGGCACUCGAAGCAUUUCACGGCCACUGCACUGGAGUCUUCGCAGAGCUGAUCUUCGACGAGAUAACAGACACCCAACGUCACCAGCGACGACUCUUUCGUGUGUUUACGGCUUAACACGCGGGCAAUUAACACCUCUCUCCCCUCCUCGUGCCCUCGUAACGCCUCGCGAAUCGUACGCCUACGUUAAUCGCGCGAAUUUGAUAGCUCGUUUAUCGUGGUAAUAAGCUUUCUCGUCUGAUAAAUCGUAAGUAAAUGCAUCCGUUCUAUCUGGUAAUUGUACCAGUGGCGUAACCACCUCGCCGCGUCGCCUAGGCGCUCACGAGGACCGCAAUUCCGAGCCGCGUGGCACUCGCCGCCAUUGCGCAACCACGAACGUGCUGCCACCUGCUCUCUUCGCUAUUUUCGUCCGAGCAUCGUCCGACGUAUUCGUCGUACCGACAAUUUUCUAAUUCCUCCACGACUUAACCUUACCUACGACUGCUUCGAUGACUGCUUCAUUCCAGUCGCGCGUUCAAAGCCGUACGCGUAUGCAGAUACGAAUGCGCGAAACACCGUCUGCGACAUCGAGGAAAACAUGUCCACUGAUCAAGAUAACGAGACAGUAAAAGCGAAAGCCACGGAUCCUCUUCUGGAGGCGUUGGACAGACUCGGUUGUGGGUCCAACUUUUUAUGGAUAAUAUUCAUUUUUACUCUCACACCGACGAUAUUCAAUGGAAUGCACUCCAUGUCCUAUAUUUUUAUAGCAGAAGUUCCUACUCAUUGGUGUGCGAUACCGAACUUGACAGCCGCUAAUUGGACUGACGAAGAAAUAAGGAACAUCUCUUCGCCGAAUCCAUGCCAGAUGUACAAUUACGAUUACGGACAUUUUGCCACCAUUGGAUUCGAAGAAGCCCUGGAAUACAAGCUUCUGCAGCCUUUGCCCGAGUCGAUCUCCUGCGAAACGAGGAGUUUCGCCAACGACAUCGAUGGCACUUCGCUCGUGCAAGAUUGGGACCUGGUUUGCGACAGAACCGCGGAUCGUUCGAGCACCCACAUGGCCCUGUCCCUUGGGAAACUUCUGGGUAGCGCCUUCUUCGGCGUUUUCGCGGACAAGUAUGGCCGGAAGAUUUGCUACGUUAUCGGUAUCGUAAUGCUGAUCAUCUCUGGUCCAGCAGGCGCAUUCGUGCCCUGGUACUGGGGUUUUAUAGUCUCCAGAUUAAUUAACGGCGCGAGCCACGCAGCUAUUCAGUAUUCCUCUUUUACGACACUUACAGAAGUGGCGAGUGAAAAGCACAGACAAUGGAUGGGAAUUGCGUAUAACAUAGGCUACGCCACAGGAAUAGUUAUUAUACCGGGUGUAGCUUAUUUGCUGCACGAGUGGAGGCACAUUCAAUUAGCCAUAUCGUUACCAGCUUUGCUGUUGCUGAUACACAUGUGGUUCAUGCCAGAAUCUCCGCGAUGGCUGAUCGCCCACAAUCGUCGACAGGAGGCGAAGAACUUGAUCGAUAAGGCGUCGAAAAGAAGCUCCAGUGCAACGAUGACCACGUCGCUGAUGUCGAGCAUACAGAGGCAAGAACUGAAAGAUUCGGAUGACUUAAUGCUCACGCCGAAAACCAUCGAUGUAAAGGACUCCAGCGAAGAGAGGUUGAAUAACAGUGUCAAAGGAUUUCGAGUGCUGAUCAGCAACAGCGAAUUGCGAAAGAGGAUACUAAUUACGAAUUUUACCUGGAUGACGGCCUCGUUAUCUUAUUACGCGUUAGCGUUGAACCUCAGUAACUUCUCGACAAAUCGCUACAUUUACGUCCUUGUGAUGGGUCUGACCGAGAUUCCCGCGUACCUGAUACCAACCCCGAUUUUGAUGGUCAUGGGACGACGACAGGGUAGCGGAGCCUUGUACAUCAUCGCAGCGUUGUGUCUACUUUGUAUCCUCGCGAUACCAACAACAGAAAGCGACGCGAUUAUGAUCAUAUCCUUGAUCGGGAGGUUCAGCGCCUCAGCUGCUUAUGGCAUCGUUAUUCUUUACAGCUCGGAGCUCUUCCCUACGGUCUGCAGGAACUCCGCGGUUGGUACGAAUUCCGCGAUGUCCCACAUCGGAAGCGUGGCCGCUCCUUACGUGGCUGAUUUAUUAGGGGCCCUGGUGUGGUGGGGCCCGACCACUCUUUGCGGCAGCUUGGCGCUAGUCGCGGGCCUGUUGUGCGCGGUUUUGCCAGAAACUCGCGGCAGGCCGCUGGCUAACACCGUCGAAGAGGAAGUGACGGAAGAACGAGACAACGUGUCGCUCUACAACUGCUGCAAAUGUCGAUGAAACGAUAGCGACAACGUGUUCUCGCGUGUACCACCGAUGUAUCCUACACUGCUUCCGUACGAGUAUUCGUUGACACGGGUACACACGAGUGCGCCUUUUGUUUUCUGUAUACUCAAUCGUUUAAAUUGCCAUCAGCUCCGAGGUGACUCGAGCGUGAUGUUAUUUUUCAAAGCUAGUAGAUUUAAUUCCGAGCGAGGAGAGAAAUAAAUUCGUACUGAGUUAUAGUACACCGAUCCUUUGGCUUUCUUUCGUUUCUCUG